UAACUCGUUGUUUUAUUGAUUGCGGAAAAAACAAGAGUAUUCAUAUAAAUAUUGCAUCUGUAGAGUUUAAUGCAAAACUGCCUUUCAACGCGUAAACUGAAUAAGUUGAGGAGUGCCUUUUUUGGUAAAAAGAUGCAUCUGCUGCUGCGAUUCGGACUGGCAUGUGUGUUUAUUGUGGUGUGUUCUGCUGACAAACCGGGCACAUGUCCGCCUGACGAAGGCGGGAUUAGGCCUGCGGUGUGCCAAUGGGAUUGCGCGUCCGAUAAUGGAUGCCCAGGUGAACAGAAAUGCUGCUCCUAUGGCGGCUGUGUGGACGUCUGCCGGACACCAAUACGUACUUUAAGUGCUUUAUCCCAUCAUAACGCAGUAAAGCCCCCUCGUUUAUGUACCUGUGUAUGCGUCAGAUCACCCUGCCCGUGCUGCCCCGACGGUAGUGGUUCGAACCAGUUAGAAUGAAGACCAAGGGGUUGACUAAGAGGUGUUAAGGGAUUGUGUGUUUAAUAUUUGUUACAUACAAUACAA